CGAACCCUAAGCCCCACCACCUAAUCACUGUAAUUACCAAAAUGCCACUCUUGUUCUCCAAAUUCGCACCGCUGAUCCCCCGGCUCCGCCGCCUCUCCACGGCGGCGGCGACCGCCGCCGGCGAGGAUCCUAAGCUGUCGCGGAUCGCGGACGAGCUCCUCGCCCUCUCCCCAGCCGAGCUGGACGACUACGCUGCGCUCCUGCGCCUCAAGCUCCGCCUCUCGCUCACCUCCAGCGCGGCCGCCGGAGGCGCCUCUCCGGCCGGGUCCGGGGACGCCGCGGCGGGAGCGGAGGAGGCAGCCGCGGCCGUGAAGACGGCGUUCGACGUGAAGAUCGAGAAGUACGAGGCCGCGGCGAAGAUAAAGGUCAUCAAGGAGGUGCGCGCGGUGACGGACCUGGGUUUGAAGGAGGCGAAGGAGCUGGUGGAGAAGGCGCCCGUUGUGGUUCGCACGGGGUUGCCCAAGGAGGAGGCCGAGGCGCUCGCGGCCAAGCUCAAGGCCGCCGGCGCCGCCGUAGCACUCGAGUGAUCCCACGAAGGUCACAUGCUGAAGGUAGAUUUGGUGCAUGAAUAUCAACAAUCAUCUCCGCAGCCAUAUUUGUCUGCCAAUUCUCAACUGUUAUUUAUAGAAGUCAGCUCUUGGAAAUUAGGAAAAGAAAAACUGCCCUAUGUUGCAUCAUUUAAUUUGUAAAUCUCUCAUGUAGUAGGCUUUGGUAUAUUUCAUUACAAAUUUCCCUGUUUGUACCAUGCUUAGCUUGAACUCCUCGAGGAUCUUGUGUGCUGCUGCAUCGUUCUCUCUCUUAAUGCACUGACAGGAUGUUUUGCGUGUCACGGGAAAAGAAAGAGAUGCUGCAUGUUGCAAGUUUUGAGCAAAGGUUUGUAAUGUGCACUAGUUGAUGUCUAUGAAACUGAGUGUGUAGCUUGCUUUUGAAGCACUGAGCAUUUCCCCAGUACAAACUUGUCAGUUCCUUAGUAUACAAAUGUAGUAUGGAUGUAAUAGUCCUUAGAGUAUAGUAUUAUUGCUCAAUUAAGUGCUUCUGAGACCAUUGGAAUGCAAUGUUGCGAGCCAAUUUGUUUUAUGUGAACUCUUAUAACUUAGGUUGAUGUUUGAUAAUGCCAUGCUUUUGCCAUGGGAUAGCAUUUUAUUGGCUAUUUAUCUCUGAUAGCCUCUUGUUGGAGCUUGACUAUCACAUAGCUGACAGUUUAUGGAAUUAUGGUCUCCAGUUCGUAAUAGUUGCUUGUGAUAUGUGAUGUUGUUUUGUACUUGUACUUUGGUGGAGCUUUCAAGUUGCAACCACUGCAGCUGUUGAUGUGCCCUGGACAGUGGCCACGCAGACACCUCAAACGUACAGAUGAUCUGCAUUGGUGGUUUCGACUGCUGAUGUCAAUGCAAACUGUUUGAUUUUGCUUCCACCUACAUAUCGAGCAGCAUUUGCUGUAGCGCUUGGAUGUGGAUAUUGCUGCGAUGCAGACAAGCUGCUGAUGCUGAUGCAUUUACUCUUUUGUUCGAACUGUUGUUUUCGUAUAUUUUCCCACCGAAUGGAACUGAUGUUUUCAUAUAGAGGAGCAGUCAUCCUCUUUUC